AGGUAGGCUGUCGUGGGGAAAGGAGCCUGUGAAGCAUUUUGUUGCCCUGGUGUGACUUUCCUGGUAUCUAGCCACAAUGGGAGCUUGGACUAUCUGCAUGCUACUGAUUCUGGCAGUAGUACUUGCGGACUCUGCCACGCCAAGAGGUAAGGUUCGACAGAAGCGAGGCUGGAUCAUAGACUCUUUUGACAUGGAAGAGGAGUACCCAGGUCCUUACCCCUACAAACUGGGGAGGAUACAAUUAGAUGUUAAAUACUUAGUUCAAUUUAAAAUCAAUGGACAAGGUGUUGAUGAAGAUCCAAAGGAUCUGCUUCAGAUUGACCAGCAGGAUGGCACCCUGUGGAUGAAACGGAAAGUGGACUUUGAGGAAUUCAGACUUCUCAAGCUCAAAUUUGAAGCCCAAAAUGUCUCAAAUGGUGCAGUGGACACAAGGCUUGGAAUUGAGAUUCAAAUCCAAGAUGUGAACGAUAAUGUUCCAAAACUAGACAAGGACUACGAAAUCCGCCUGGAUGAGUCAACACAGCAAGGUGGAGACAUUAUCACAGUGCGGGCAGAUGACCUCGAUGAUCGAACAACUGGAAAUGGAACCUUUGACUUAAGAAUUGUGUCUGUUACCCCACAAGAUCCUGACAUUGAUUUUGUCAUUGAGCAAGUAAAUGACAUAGGAAAAAUAAGUUUCAAGGGAUGCCUGAACUAUGAGAAACACCCGAAGUAUACUAUCUUGGUUGAAGUGAAGGACAGGGGAGAAGUGGUUCAACUUUCCAGCACUAGCACUGUAACAGUCCAUCUAAAUGAUCAAAACAACCACCGUCCUGUCUUCACCGGUCAAACUGGGACUGGCACAGUCAAAGAGGGAGAGAGUGGGAUGACCAUUCUACGAGUGCAAGUCUCCGAUAAAGACACUAAAGGCACUCCUGCCUGGAGGGCCAAGUACAUGCUCCAUGGAGAACGAAGUGAAAACUUCAAGAUCACAACGGAUCCAGAUACGAAUGAAGGAGUUUUGACAGUUGUUAAGCCCUUAGACUUUGAAGAUGGUGAGUUGAGAAAGCUGUCCGUCUCCGUGGAGAAUGAAGAGCCUUACUUUACCUGCCAAGUCAAUGGUCGUCCUCAGCAGGGACUGUGGGACGUGGCAUGGGUAGGAGCGGACUCUGACACCCGCCUUCCUGAAAUCUCUUUGCCAAUCACCAUUACCGUUGAGGACGUCAACGACCCUCCUGUCUUCUUUCCUGAGGUCAAAACCAUCAGGGUGAUGGAGAACUCUCCUGUUGGAACGCUCCUGGACAAAUUCACUGCAGAGGACCACGAUGGGGUCUAUGCCAAUAGUUUUGAAUAUCAAGUCGGGAAAGAUCCAGCUGGUUGGGUUACGGUGGAUUCUAAGACAGGCCAAGUCAGCACAACAAAAGUCCUGGACAGAGAGUCACCCUAUGUGAAUAACAGUGUCUACACUACAAUCAUAUGGGCAGUGGACAAUGGGGUACCCCCUAUGACUGGUACUGGAACGCUCAGUAUUUACCUGAUGGAUGAGAAUGACAAUGUGCCUAUCUUGGACACGAAUGCACUGGCCAUGUGUCUGUCCGAUGGGCCCAGUUCAGCUCGCAUCUCUGCUCAUGAUCUGGACGUAGCCCCUUACAGUGACCCCUUCCAUUUUGAACUGGUUGGAGACGUCAAAGGGAGGUGGACACUUGACCCUAAACAUGGAACUGAAGUAAACCUGGUGAAGGAGACCACAGUUUAUGCAGGCCACCACGAACUGACUUUGAAGAUCUCCGACACCCAAGGUCACCAUUCCCUACAAAACCUGUCUGUCACAGUGUGUGACUGCACAGAGUCACAGGAUUGCCAGUCACGGAGCAGCUCCUCUCAAAUGGGUGGAAGUGCCAUUGGCAUUGUUAUACUCGGCCUGUUGCUCCUACUAGUUUUGCUGUUGCUGGCCAGUCUAAUCUCGUGUAAGCCAGUAAAACACUUCAUCCAAUCAGAGGAAAGUCCAGGAUGGCAUCUACUACAAUCCAAUAUUGAGACACCUGGAACUGAUUGCAAGAUUCCUUAUUCAGUCGACCAGGUUGAUGUCGGCCAAGCUGUAAAUACCAAAAUGGUCCACUCAACAAGCCCUGUCGUCGUAAUACAAGAAGAGUCUACCAAGACGAUUAAUGUCCCAGGGUUCUCACAGUAUGGCAAUGGAGUAUCUCUCAAUCAGCAGUUAACCCAAGAGAUGGUUUCAAGUGGGAAAUCAUUUCAGGAAUUUGGAUAUUCUGAACAGGCUUUGAGUAGGAAAUCAUUCCGGGAGUUUGGACAUGCUGAAGCUUUGAGUAGGAAAUCAUUCCGGGAGUUUGGAUAUGCUGAAGGAUCCAUGAUGAGCGGAAAGUUCACCCAUCAAGGGUCUUCAUCCAUGAGACAGGAUAUUUUAAAUUCUCAACUUAUCCAGAAACUCAACAUGUUGGAAACGUUUGAAAAUGAACUGGGGGACUACGAUCCCCAUGAAUACGCCCUGGAGGGGGAGCCAGCAUCAGAAGCCCAGCUGGAUGCCAUCUCCAUCCCUGACAGUAACUUUGACAGCAACCAGCUCCAGAAUCUGGACCCAAGAUUCAGAACUUUGGCCAACAUAUGUAGACCAGACUUAAUGGAGGGAAUGUGAUGGUACAGUGUAAAAUGAGAGUGAAUAAUCUGUUGAUAUUGGUUUGGAUGAUUAGCCGCAGCUUAUAAACAUUCAAAACUGAUACAGAAUGUGACGGAAUGUAGCAACAAACUGUGUCUGGCAAGUACAGGGUAGUCUCAUGUGCUCUAUGGAGUUCAAUGAUGACAACAGGUCAUUGGGGAAACUUUCCCAGCCUUGGUAGAACACUAAAGACGGGUAUAGACCAUAGGAAUGUCUCGGGUGAAAUUCAAUUCAAUGCCAGCUGCAGUAUCCCAGUUUAGAACUUUGAUCAAUGCUGGGACGGCAACAUACUGGAUACAGAAUUAUUUGAUAAUAAUGUUUUUACUUUGUAAAUAUAUUUGUGUACAGUAUGUGUUCAUGAAAUAAUUUGGAAUGAAAAGGAAACCCACUAAAAAUAUACAUGUAAUGUGAUGUUGGGUGGUGAAUGGACUAAUAAGAGCAGGGAGUUGGGGGAUGUUUCUGCAUGUGUGUGUGUCUAUAUGCAUUGUUUAAAAAAUAGCAAUAAUUAAUUAAAAUAUUUGAGUCCUAAGA